AUGUAAAAAUACGUGAAAUUCUUUAAUAUCGCUUAAUAACUCAAGUUUGUGAAGAGAAAAGGAUGGACUAGAUUUCCACCAAUUAAAGAAGUUGAAUCCGUUGCUGAUCACAGUUGGAUGAUCUAAAUGAUCGCUUUAUCUUUACCUACCAAUGAGUUAAAUAAAGAUAAAUGCAUUAAGAUUGCUUUAUUGCAUGAUCUAGCAGAAGUGAUUGUCGGAGACAUAAUUCCAAGUGAAAACAUGCCAGCAAAUGAGAAGAAAUAGAAGGAGGAUAAUGCCAUGAGAAUGAUGGUAUAGGAUUUGGAUGAAGACAUUAAAAAUGAAUUAUACAGUAUACAUAAAGAAUAUGAGAAUGGCGAAAGUAUUGAAGCAGAAGUGGUUAGAGAAUUGGAUAAAUUGGAAAUGCUAUUCUAAGCAUUCGAUUAUGAACAGAAAUACAAAGUCAGAUUGGAUGAAUUCUAUUCUUGUGAGGCCAGAAUUAAAACUAAAUAUGUUAGACCCUUAUUAGAUGAGUUGCUUAAGCAGAGGGAAUAAUUCUUGUCUUAAUGA